CAUGGUGUGGUCAGGAUAUGCUCUGUAACCUCUCCUGUGUCUUUUUGCUAGAAUUAGCCCUGUAGAUUUAGCCUUUAGCAUCAAUGUCCAGGUAUUUCUGACAAAACCUUCAAUUUUCUUGCAUGCACACACACAACCACAUCACUUCAUGUUUCCUUAGCAUUCUUGGUGUUGUGCUGACAAAAGAGAAACAACACUGGCAGAGAAGACCUGUGCACGGCUACAUGUGCAACCGUUUACUUACGGGUUUCCCCACAGCCUCAGCUGACGGCUAGCUCUGCUAGGUGGAUUUUUUGUUUAUUUUUUGUGGCAGCUUCAACUCAACUAGCUAAAGUCAAACAGGAUUUAAGUUUUAAAACAAUAAGCUCAAAAGAACUUCCUUUAGCCAUUUUGACUCAAAAGCUCCUCCAAUUUUCAUAAAUCUCAAUUGGAUCUCAUAAAUCAUUAUGUGGGAGUUCCGCUCUGUAAUGUUUUGGCGGGCGGUGUUUGCCGAAUUUUUCGGCACCAUGUUCUUCGUUUUCUUCGGGAUGGGCGCAGCGCUUCGCUGGACCACCGGACCGUACCACAUCUUCCACACUGCCCUCUGCUUCGGUUUUGCUGCGGCCACACUGAUCCAAUCCAUUGGCCACAUCAGCGGAGGACACAUCAAUCCGGCCGUCACCUUCGCUUACUUAAUUGGCUCUCAGAUGUCUCUGUUCCGUGCUUUCUUCUACAUUUGCGCUCAGUGCCUGGGGGCACUGGCAGGAGCCGCAACCCUCUAUGGAGUUACACCCAACAACAUGAGAGGCACAUUCGCACUCAACACGCUGCAGCCAGGAAUGAGUCUGGGCAUGGCAACCACAGUGGAGGUGUUCCUCACCAUGCAACUGGUGGUCUGCGUCUUUGCUGUCACAGAUGAGCGAAGAAAUGGACGCAUGGGUUCUGCCGCUCUGUCCAUUGGCUUUUCCGUCACCAUGGGCCAUCUAAUGGGGAUGUACUACACUGGAGCAGGUAUGAACCCUGCCAGGUCUUUCGCUCCUGCUGUUAUCAUAAGGAAUUUCAUCAACCAUUGGGUGUACUGGGUGGGGCCCAUGAUUGGUGGUGCUAUGGGUGCAGUCCUGUAUGAUUUCAUGCUGUUCCCCCGUAUGCGGGGUCUCUCUGAACGACUAGCCACACUCAAGGGCAGCCGACCUCCUGAGAACCAGCAAGAGACUCGUGGCGAUCCCUUUGAGCUCAAGACUCAAACACUAUAAACCUGCAAAGAACCUGUGGACCGAAAUCUGCCUCUACCUCACUGGACCAUCUCACCUCCCCAACCAACGGAUAUAAAACAUACUAGAAAAAAACAUGUUACAUUAAAUAAAAUCUGGGUGGGUGUGACUCACCAACAAGGGAAAAUAUCUACUAAACUACUGACAAUAAAAUCAGGGGAUAGUUUAUAAAUGAAAAUUCUGUCAUCAAUUUACUGACCUUAUGUUGUUCUUGUUUCGUAUGACUUUUUCAUGGAACACCAAAGGUGACGUUGUAAUGAAUUCACUUUCAUUACAUUGGCGGCUAACAUUCUGCCUAAUAAAGUAAUACUGGUUAGUAACAACAUGAACAGUGGGUGAGUGAAUGAAGACAGAAUUUUCAUUUUGGGCUGAACUAUCCAUUUAAAAAGGACAUUAAGGGAAAAUCAGUUACAUUCUUGAUAUUCUGUGUAAUAUUCUAGGUUUGUUUCUAUAUGCUGAUAUGUUGUUGAAAUGCAGGGCACAGGGCGGUGCUGUGGCAGUGGUCCAGGUGGGAUAUGGUCAGGGUUUUGAUUGUGGUUGAGGUUGAUUGUGAGGGGCUAGAACAGUUCAUUUAGGCAUGCUUUUCACUUUUCAUCUGAUUACACAUUUUACGUUUUGUUAUCUACAACAGAAGACGCACACGCAUGCAACUUAACCAGGGGUUUUCACUUUUUAUUUCUGUGUAAGAGUCCAUGUGGGUGUGCAAGUGAGUGCGUCUUUUUGCGUGUGUGAAGGUCUUCAGGAGGACAUGCUCUGGUAUGUACAUGUGCGUUAGUUUGUGAAUGACCAAGUGUUUUUGGGAGUGUGUUGUGUUUGUUGACUGAGCAUUUAUUUUAGGUUUUAUCAUUACAGCUCACCUGUUUGUAUAUACUGAUGUUUUUUUUUUUUUUUUUACGGGAAUUGAAAACACCCCAAACUGUUUGCAAUUAUAUUCCAUUCUUUGACAUACACAAAAUCCACCCGUGGACUGAUCGGUUUUAAAGACAGCUAGUCUUAACCACCAGUCUUUACAAUUACUUCAAGUUUACAAUGUCUGUGUUGCAAUUCAUUGCAUUUUAUUUGAGGACAACUUCCAUGACUGGGCAAAAAAAUUAAAUAAAAUUAAAAAAAAAGAAUAGUAAUACGUAUAAUAUUUGAAUGCAAAUUAAUUGGG